AUGGGCAUGAAGAAGGACCUCCUUCUCGUGCUCACUAUCGAGUCCGUCGUGCUCGGCGUCGUCUUGGGCUUUGUUAUUCGUCCUUUUAAUCCCAGGUAAUCCGGAUUUGCAUUUACAUUUCGUCAUUUGUUGGCUGUUAUAUGAAUUAAGCAAAUAAUAGCUGGGGACCGCUGUUUUUCACUCAGCGUACCUUUUUCUUCAGCAAUGACACAAUCAGUCUCAUCGGAUUUCCGGGCGAAAUUUUCAUGCAGAUUGUGGAAAUGAUGAUUCUUCCGCUGAUUAUGUCUUCUGUCAUUUCAGGCACGCUUCACAAAAUAAUUUUUGAAAAAUCGGAAAAAAAAAUUUCAGCUCUUGCUCAAGUGCGAGCUCGCGAUGCUCGUCGAAUUGGCAUUGUGACUAUUAUUUAUUACAUGACCACCACUUUCCUGUCUACUUUUGUACGGCUGAAGAUGUUCAGAUUGAUUGAAAAAUAGAAAAAUUGUAGACAGGAAUCAUUCUGGUGUCCUCUAUCCAUCCUGGAGAUCCGGAAUUAAUUCAUGAGCUCGGCGAGGGAACUCUCGAAAAUACCGCCCUUUCCACGUUGGACACGUUUCUCGAUCAAAUUAGGUUUCUGAUAUACUUGGAGCUAAAUUAAUAUUUAAGAAAUUGUUCAGAAAUAUGUUCCCGGAGAAUAUAAUCCAGGCGACUUUUCAACAAGUCCAAACAGAGUACAUGCCUAUAAAACCGUCUCGACUCCGGAAUGCAACUGCCAAUAUUACGACGGAAGUUUUACACAAACAAUCGCUUACUUAUACAAAUGAGAUGAACGUUUUAGGUCUUCAGAUUUUUCAAUCAAUCAAAACACAAGCCAAACUUUAUUUUAGGUCUGAUCGUGUUUUGCAGUGGAUUCGGUAUUAUUUUGAGCAUUCUUGGUGACCAGGCUCGACUCAUGAUAAACUUUUUCAUUGUCUUAGAUGCAAUUAUCAUGAGAUGGAUUAGCGCGCUUAUGUGGUAAGCAAAGCAUAGAAAACUGGAACAGAAGCUCUAGAAAUGGGAAUAUAUUCAAUUUUUCAGGUGCUAUCCCAUCGGAAUUCUGUCUCUUGUUUGCAAAAACAUUAUAGACAUUGACAAUCUGACAGAGACCGCCCAGGCGCUUGCCAUGUACGUGGUCACCGUAAUCUGCGGGCUCAUGAUCCAUUCCCUGCUCACUCUUCCUUUGCUUUACUUCUUAGUCACCAAAAAAUCUCCAUUCGCAUUCAUGACUGGAAUGCUUCAAGCUUUGGCAACAGCCUUCGGAACCGCUUCUUCCGGUGCCACGUUGCCAGUUACUUUCCGUGCUUUGGAGGAGAAUUUGAAAAUAGAUCGGAGGGUGACUCGAUUUGUACUUCCACUCGGAGCAACUAUCACUAUGGACGGAACUGCUCUUUAUGAAGCCGUCGCUGUCAUUUUCAUUGCUCAAUUGCACAAUAUAAAAUUGAGUUUGAUGGACUUGGUCACUAUCAGUAUCACGACUACGGUAGCAUCAAUUGGCUCCGGAUCCGUACCUGCUGGCUUGGAUACCAUUGUCAUAGUGCUCACGACUGUCGGUCUACCCGCCAAGGAUCUCAGUUUGUUGCUCACCGUGGAUUGGCUACUGUCAGUUUGAUUCUCGAACAGCCCUCGAAAGUUAUUUCUGAAAAAGUUGAAAGUGCAGCUAUUUUUAAAAGCCUGUUGAUAAUUUAGUCGCCGCAUUUGAUAAUUUAGUCGCUGCUUUUCGUAAUUUAGUCGCUGCAUUCACUUAUUUUAUGCGCUGCUUUUGAUAAUUUAGUCGCUGCGUUUUAUAAUUUAGUCGCUUCUUUCGAUAAUUUAGACGCUGCGUUUUAUAAUUUAGUCGCUGCUUUUGAUAAUUUGGACGCAGACUUCGAUUCCUCUUUCUUAUUCCCUUUAUUCUUCAGUGACCGAAUCCGUACUUCAGUCAAUGUGCUUGGCGACAGCUUCGGUGCAGGAAUCAUUCAUCAUUUGACGCGUUCGUCGCUUCUGGAAGCGGAUACCGAUGAUCUCAUUCGUCAAAUUCGAGAAGACAUCGACAUUCUGAAUAACCCACAUCAGGACACACUCCCAAUAUCGCAUCAUAGUGUUCAGUCGACAAUUCAGAAGAAGAACUCUAUUCCCAUGCAGGUUUUCAAACGAAACUAUAAAUUUUUCUGAAACUCCGAAGUUUCAGACCACGCACAUCUACUCAAAAUCAGCUCGUGCCUCUUUCGCUCCAAUUCCUAAUGAAGAAGAACAGAAGGCUUUGCUCACCGAAUCCAUUGCAGUGAAUACAGCUGAAACUCACAUUGUCUGA